CUGAUGCAGCCACCCAUCAGCAUCUUCUGGGAAAGAGUUUUUUUUUUUCUUCUCUCUCUCACACACUCAGAGAGAGAGAGAGAGAGAGAGAGAGUCUGAGAGUUUUCAGUGCUCUGUUUCUUCUCUGUUUUACUGCGCCUUCAAUUUAAUUGGGUUAGAAGUUAGAAGCUACUUUACUGUUUCUGGUUUCCCGAACCGUAUUUUUCUCUAAUUUGGCUAGGUUUCGGUGAUAAGAACGGGAAGUUGCCAAUGGCCACUUCUCUUAGUAGGGACCUCAUCUUCCUGAUCUUGCAGUUCCUCGAUGAAGAAAGGUUCAAGGACACUCUUCACAAGCUAGAGCAAGAAUCAGGAUUUUUCUUUAACCUCAAGUACUUUGAGGAGCUGGUGCUUAGCGGGAACUGGGAUGAGGUCGAGAAGUAUCUUUCUGGGUUCACCAAACUGGAUGAUAACCGGCACUCUAUGAAGAUCUUUUUCGAAAUUCGAAAGCAGAAGUACCUUGAGGCUUUGGACAAGCUGGAUCGCGGCAAGGCCGUCGAUAUUCUCGUGAAGGAUCUGAAAGUUUUUGCUUCUUUAAAUGAAGACCUUUUCAAGGAAAUGACUAUGCUCCUUACUCUGGAUAAUUUUAGGGAAAAUGAUCAACUCUCUAAUUAUAGAGAUACAAAGACAGCAAGAGCAAUCAUGUUUAUUGAGCUCAAGAAGCUUUUCGAGGCAAAUCCGCUUUUCCGUGAGAAAUUGCAGCUCCCUAGCAUAAGAGGUUCAAGGUUAAGGAUGCUUAUCAACCAAAGCUUGAAUUGGCAGCAUUCACUUUGCUCAAAUCCUAGACAGAAUCCUGAUAUAAGAACACUGUUUGUGGAUCACAGCUGUAAAAAUUCCAAUGACUCAUUUGCACAACUUGCUGCAAGCAAUCAGUUGAUAGGUUCCCAACCACAAAUUGAAGGUUUUCUUCCAAUGGCUGCAAAUGGGCCGUUCCAACCUGCAUCCGCACCAUUUCAGACACCUCUCACCACAUGGAUGUCAAAUCCCUCAAUCGUAACUCAUCCAGCAGUUGCUGGAGGUGGUAUUGGUUUUGGUAGUAUAACAAAUCCAGCUGCAAUUUCAAAGGGUCUUGGGGAUUCUGAUGACGUGUACAAAACAAGGUUCUUUGGGGCUUCAGACAGGGUGAUGUUGCCAGUAAUCAAUCCUGUUCCAAAAAAUCACGCCAUGAUGUUUAAUCCAACCGAUGAAUUGCCCAGGACUGUAGCACGAACAUUGAUUCAGGGAUCAGUUCCCACGAGUAUGGAUUUUCAUCCCAGUCAACAGACACUGCUUCUAGUUGGAACCAAUGUGGGGGGCAUAAGUUUGUGGGAAGUUAGUUCAGGGGAGAAGUUGGUUUCAAGACAUUUUCAGGUAUGGAAUAUUGGAGCAAGUACGAUGAUGUUAAAGGCAACUCUAAUCAAAGAUCCAUGUGUCUCAGUUAAGCGUAUAGCGUGGACACUUGAUGGUUCUUUAUUUGGAGUUGCAUACUCUAAGCACAUGAUACAGCUAUAUGCUUAUCAUGGUGGGAAUGACAUUCGCCAACAUUUGGAGAUUGAUGCUCAUGUUGGUAGCGUGAAUGAUCUUGCUUUCUGUUACCCUAAUAAGAAACUCUCUGUUUUAACUUGCGGUGAUGACAAGACCAUCAAGGUGUGGGAUGUGGCUACUGGUGCAAAGUUGUAUAUGUUUGAAGGUCAUGAUGCUCCCAUUCAUUCUGUUUGCCCUCACUGCAAAGAAAAUGUUCAUUUUAUCUUUUCAACAUCAGUGGAUGGAAAGAUAAAAGCAUGGUUAUAUGACAUGAUGGGAUCUAGGGUUGAUUAUGAUGCUCCUGGCCGCUCAUGCACUACAAUGGCUUAUAGUGCUGAUGGAAAAAGGCUUUUCUCAUGUGGAACCAAUAAAGAUGGUGAGUCACACAUUGUUGAGUGGAAUGAAAAUGAAGGUCUUGUGAAGAGAAUCUAUCAAGGAUUUUAUAAACGUUCUCUUGGAGUUGUUCAAUUUGAUACAACCAAGAACCGUUUCUUGGCUGUUGGUGAUGACCAUUCAGUUAAAUUUUGGGAAAUGGAUAACGUCAAUCUUCUGACUACUAUUGAAGCUGAAGGUGGCCUACCAGCAAGUCCACGUAUCCGUUUCAACAAGGAAGGCACGUUAUUGGCUGUUUCUGCAAAUGACAAUAGAAUCAAAAUCUUAGCAACAGUUGAUGGUCUCCGGUUGAUGUGCACUUAUGAAAGUCGUUCUCUUAUUGCAGCAGGAAGUGCAUCUGAGACUGUAACAAAGCAUGAAGAUACAAGAAACUUGGAGGAUGCGAAACCUAAAUUAGCUGAAGAAGUCAACUCAACAAAGAGUUGGAAGCUCACUGAAAUUAGUGAACCUGCUCAGUUUAGGUCAUUGAGGCUCUCAACUUGCGUCAAAUCAGACAAGAUCUCAAGGUUGAUUUAUACUAAUUCAGGUACCGCUAUUUUGGCAUUAGCCACAAACGCCAUCCAUCUACUUUGGAAGUGGCCACGAAAUGACCUUAACUUGAGUGGCAAGGCAACGACCAAGAUUACUCCUCAAUUGGUACAACCACCAUCAGGCAUAACAAUGACCAAUGAUUUAACUGAGGCUAAACCUGAAGAGGCUCUAUCAUGUUUUGCUUUGUCCAAGAAUGAUUCUUAUGUCAUGUCAGCAUCUGGAGGGAAAAUUUCUUUGUUUAACAUGAUGACAUUUAAGACAAUGGCAACUUUCAUGUCUCCACCACCUGCGGCAACAUAUCUUGCUUUCCACCCUCAAGAUAACAAUAUAGUUGCUGUUGGCAUGAAUGACUCCACAAUUCACAUAUAUAAUGUUCGCGUAGAUGAGGUUACGAACAACCUUACAGGUCACUCUAAAAGAAUCACUGGCCUUGCCUUCUCAAAUGUGCUGAAUGUGCUUGUUUCUUCUGGAGCAGAUACUCAGAUUAUCGUGUGGAACUCUGAUAGGUGGGAAAGACAAAACAGCGGUUUCUUGCAGAUUCCGGCUGGGAGGACAUCCACUGCAAUGUUAGACACGCAAGUUCAGUUUCACCAGGAUCAAAUACACCUCCUUGCUAUAAAUGGGACUCAACUUGCCAUAUAUGAAACAAAGAAACUUGAAUGUGUAAAGCAGUGGAUUGUAAAAGAAUCUUCAGCACCAAUCUCGCAUGCAAUAUUCUCUUGUGAUAGCCAAUUAAUCUAUGCAAGCUUUUUAGACGGAACCGUGCGUGUAUUUGGGGCUUUAAAUCUCCAACUACAAUGCCAGAUUAAUCCCACAGCUUAUGUUCCAUUUAAUGUCAGUUCUUCAGUAUCCCCACUUGUGAUUGCUGCACAUCCCCAAGAACCAAACCAGUUUGCCUUAGGACUAACAGAUGGGGGGGUUCAUGUGUUUGAGCCACUUGAAUCUGAAGGCAAAUGGGGUGUGCCCCCACCUGUUGAGGAUGGAUCACCCAGUUGCAUUUCUAUUGCCUCUCCAAUAGCUCCCUCUAGUUUGGAACAACCCUAGAGCUGAUGUACUGCAGUAAACAAUUUGCCUGCCUUUUGUCUAACUUUCAUCAGACUAUUUCUUGAUAUUUGGGUUAAUGUUAGUACCAGCUAUCAGGUUUCUGUAGUUUGCUGUAAGACUUGUUGAAGUUUAUAUAUACAUCUCUUUUGAAUAGAA